AUGGCGUACAGGUUGACGGGUUCGAGGCCUCCCGCCUGGAUCAAUCGUGCGGCCAAGUUGGGGACCAUGUUCCCUUGUGUUGUCCCCCAGGGCUGGGUUGAGCCUCCGAGUGCAGAGGAUGAGGAUAUGGUCCGCGAUCGACGUGCAGUAGCGGUACCUCCUACCGAGAUUGCAUUUGAGCCGGUGGAUGACCCUUUUACGAGUCAGCGGCCGAUAGCUACGCCGAGACAUCAGCGAAGAGCCGUGUUAGGAGGAGGAGGAGGAGGAAGAGGAGGAGGAGAACGAGAACAGGCUGGUGUUGGGCUUAAUUCAUCGGAAUUCGGUGCCUCGCCUAUUACGCCGUGGGAUAUGAUGUUUACGCCGAAUACGCAGGCUAUUGAGACAACUGCGGUGGUGGGGACGCCUGUGACCGUACGACUGACGGAGUCCUUUUUGUCAAUGGCUGUGACACCUGAGCAGGAGGACGCACAGGAAGGAUCUUCAUCAGCGGCGGGAGUAUCGACAGCAUCAUUCAUCAAACGACCCUCCUGGACUGCAUUCGAGCAGGAAGAGGAGAAAGAGGGUGAAGAAGGUGAUGUCGGCGAUAACGAUGGUAUUCACCCCGGAGACAAAGUACUUGAUGACGAUGAUGUCGAGAGUUUUCUGUCCAAGCGAGAGAGUCUGAUCAGGGGCCGUCGAGCGAUUGAGAAGCAGCCGAGGCGAUUGUCUAGUCAUACGGGACCACAUGACAUGUACUAUUCCUCCUCGUCUGUGGGCAUGGCUACACCUGAGAGCUUUACGACUCCACAGUUCCGCGAACUACCACCGCUGUCGACACAAUUACCAACGCGGACACCUGGAGUUGGCCAAGGUCGAUUCAAUCCGUCGCUGAUGAGUCGUGAGGAUCCGGAUACACCGAUUGGCAGAAACAACAGAGACCAGGAUAAUGAUGAGCCGCCGAGCCUUUGGACGAAUGCUGCGCGGCGUGCGAUGCUGGACUUGAAGAAGCAUGUGUACCAGGGCGAGAGUGAUGAAGCACAAGGUAAUGCACGCGGAGAAAUGUCUCGAAGCAGCACUGUUGUUGUUGCUGAUUCAUGGGCGGAGGAGGAGACACCAAUGGGAACGAGUCGGAUAUUGCCGUCGAGUUUGAUUAGACGAUCUGAGCCGGAACGAGAUCCCUUUCUGCAGACCCCUCGACCUGAACGUGACCCGUACAACGGGGAGUCUGUGCGCGAUAAAGAGGUUCUUGACGAACGCGAAUUUCUCAGGAAUGUUGUCCUUGACGAGGCGGAUCAGGACCAGGGUUUACGGAAUGUAGCACCGGACACUGCCUUUAUCUCCGAGGAACAUGACAGCAUUGCGGAGCUAAUCUAUGAGUCCGGAGAUUUAGAGGAGGAGCGGAGGAGACGUAACGAGAUCAGGGAAGUCAUUCGUGCGAACAGGUCGUUCGAGUUGGGGUUGAAGGCCGCGCGAGAGGAGAAGGAAGCUGAGACUGCAGCCCGAGCAGCAGCAGAAGCAACAAUCGCACAGGAGCUGAUGGAUGCAAGCGCUAAAACUGCUGAGGCCGAGGUGGAGGUAGAGGUUGAAGAAGAGUCAGAGGACAAGAUUCUUAGACGAAAACUGGAUGCUGAGGUUGAGAGAGCUAUGUCGAUGUUUGAUGGUAAGCGAUUUACUGAGGGGUUCUUUGCCGACAGCGUGGCAUGA